CGUCGCGCGCGGCCCCUCAGGGCUGAGGCACCGGGGGCGGCUCCGUGUGCGGAGUGCCGCCGAGGCAGCCGGGGCCGUGUCCCUGUCCCCGUCCCCGUUCCCGCUGAGAUGACUGCCCGGCAGUGCGGUCACGGCUGUCAAGCAAAGUGUCCUCCCAGCCCUGUCUGACUGUGCUCCGCGGGUUGCUGUCGUCUCCUCACAGACAAUUAUCUUGAGGGCCGUUCCACAGUAAGGGAGCGCUAUCGGUUCCCUGCCGUUCUGGAGCAUCUUUGGCACUCUUGCCAUGCUUUUCUGGAGCAUCUUUGGCACUCUCUUUCUGGAGCAUCCCUUUUGCCAAGUCUCUUAUCCCUGCCAUGUGGAUAGGCCCCAGGUGGAGGCCAGUCGGUUCUAUGGUGCUUGCAGUGAGACGACAAGAGGCCUUAAGCUGAGACAGGAGAGAUUCUGAUUAGAUAUUAAAGAUUAGUAUCUCUGCUUUCUUGGACUGAAUAAUUGUGGUGCCAUAGGUUGGUGGCAAAUUUUAAAUGCUUGAAACUACUGUGAGGGCUCACUGAAAUCAAAACAGAUCAUUGGUUGGACUUGUGAACUGGUUUAGCUCUGAAAUUACUUAGAAUUGUAGAAUCCCUAAGGUUGGAAAAGACCUCUGAGAUCAUUGACUCCAACCAUUAAUCCAGGAGCCCAUGUUCACCACUAAACCGUGUGCCCAAGUGCCAGAUCCUCACAUCUGAACACUUCAGGGAUGGUGAUUGUCAGUGCCGCCCUGCCCAUGGAGAAACUUUUCCCAAUAUCCAAUCUAAACAUCUCCUGGCACAAUUUGAGGCUGUUUCCUCUGGUCCUGUCACUCCUUACUCGGGAGAAGAGACUGACCCCCACCUGGCUACAACCUCCUUUCAGGUAGUCUGAGAGAGCAAGUCUUAGUAGACUUGAUGACAGUUUUUAGCUGGGGAAGAAACAAAAACAAAAACCAAUUCCCUUGUUGGUUUUGCCUUUUUGGGACCAGAUGAACUUACUCCAAGACUAGAUUAGAAAGUGUAUGGAAUCAUUCAGCAGAGCAAAUGAUUAAUGAUUAUGCAGUCUUGCUAUGAGACCAUUCUUUAUGUUGUAUCAGGUUAUGAUUUACCAUUAAAAGCAGAUAAAGGACAGGACUGGUGUGUUAAAUGAGAGAAGAGCAGUGAACACAUCUUCAGAGGAUUCCAGAUGUGUGCCCUUGUGGAGAGAACAUUUUGCCUCUGCUGGAGGGUGAAGGUAGCUGUGUGGGUAAGCUAUAAGUAGGCCUUGUGGAGAAAUGCAAGCGCAGUGCCCCUGCUAUGCUGGCUGAGGGCGAAGGCAUGGCUGCUCCCUCGCUCUGUGCUGCCACCACGGCGGCCUCUCCGCAGCGCCACAAGGUGCCCGGCUUUGGAGACAGCAAAACCACACACUGCUCCUUCUCAAUUGAGAGUAUAUUGGGACUGGAGCAGAAAAAAGAUGGCAUUCCAGCUGGGAAACCUCACAGACCCUGGAUGGAUGCAUGCACCAGCUUGGUUUUAGGUGAUGACAGUAAUCCCCAUCUGCAAAUCCCUGUUGUUUGUUCUGAAAAUCCAUUAUUUCAUGCUAGAAGUGGUCCAGUGCAAGAGGAAACCGUUUUGAAAUGUGAAAAAUAUUUUUCAGUCACUGAAACGCUGUCUUUCAAACGAGAAUUGAGCUGGUACCGGGGUAGAAGACCAAGAACUGCAUUCACUAGAAACCAGAUUGAAGUCUUGGAAAAUGUUUUUAAAAUGAACUCCUACCCCGGCAUUGAUAUUAGAGAAGAGCUAGCUCACAAAUUAGAUUUAGAUGAAGACAGGAUCCAGAUCUGGUUUCAGAACCGCCGUGCAAAGCUGAAAAGAUCACACAGAGAAUCUCAGUUUCUAAUGGUGAAAAAUAGUUUCACCUCCAGCCUGCUGGAGUAGAAGGAAGGAUGGCUUGCUGUUACAGUACUGCUACAGAAAAUGAAAAAUUGUUCAUAACCUGUAUUAAGUAAUGAUAUAGUAAUUAUGAUUUAA